UUGCAUUUUUUAUUUUAAAUUUAAUCACAAAGAAAUUUAUUUUUAUGUUUCAACAUUUUUUUUAACAAAAAAUCUUUUGUUAUAUAGACGUAUGCCAAAGACAUCUGGUGCACAGACAACAAGUAUUUUAGAAGCUGUUGAAUUGUUGGAUGCAAUGUCUACAGAUAGCGAAUCUGAGAGCGAAUCAGAAUCGUCGCAAUUUUAUGCCAGACCAAGAAACUUGAUCCAAAGGCGGGUUACAAUAACAGGUGCCAGUCCCACAUCCAAACAUGGCAUCAAUCUCGAACAGUUUUGGAAGGAGUUGAAACUAGAGCAUAAGGCGGCUGUUCAGUUGCGUGAUAAAGCAGCACCUCGCGCCCAUGGUUCGGAUAAUGUACCAAUGGUAAAUAUACGGCCCAAAACGUGUUUAGGAUUAGAAUCGGCAAAAAGGAAGAAUAAGACUAAUGAGCAAACGAAUAAAAAGGUGCAAUUUGAGGAAAAAUUGACUGAUAGAAGCACUCGUCCAGAUGAUACAAAAGAAAAAGUUAUUCCUAUGCAAAACUGUGAUGAUGAUGGUGCAAAUAUUGUAAAUAAAGAUAUUAAUAUAGAACAUUUACAAGCAUCCACGGGUAAUGUCAGUAAUAGCAAUAAUUUAAAAGAUAUGACCGUGCCUUUAGAUGAAUCUAAUAAUUCUAUUAGUGAUACAUUUAGUAUUAAUGAAGGCAUGCCGAAUAAUAAAUCAGAAAUCAGCAUGCAAUACGUUGAAAAUCGUGGUAAAUUAGAUAAAGACUGUAGUACCUCUGCAUAUCUAUCGGAUACUGAGAAAUUAUUCGACCAUUGCUUGAUCAAUACACCAAAUAAUAAUUUAACAAAAGCUAAUGUUAGUGCAGUUAUUGAGAAUGUUGAUGAUCACAAAAAAUUGAAGGAUGUAAGCAGUAAGCAUACAGAAGCAUCCGCUAGAAGAUGCGAUAGUAAUGUCGCUCAAAAAAUUAGUAACAUCGAGAAACAGAUCGCGCAUAAGAAUGCAGAAGAACAAACAAGUGCCUUUGGAGUGCCUAAGAGAAUAGAUCUACGUAAAAAUAAUGUAUAUGUCACGAUAAAUGGCAUAAAUCUUGAAAAUAGUACAGAGGAAAAAAAUCAAAAUGAUCAAAAUGAUCUUGAACAUGAUAUAUCGGAUGUAAAUGAUAAGAAAUACGCCGCCGAGAGAUUAAGCACUGAAUGUGAAAAUGUAAACGAAAAUAAAAGUGUUCAUUUGAAAAAUUCGGCAUGCGAGUAUCAUGAGAAUGCUGAUUGCGGUACUUUAGAAAUAUCAAACAGUAAAAAAGAACGUUGUAAUAAUAAUAAUAACAAUAGUAACAGCAGUAGUAGUAAUAGCAGUAGUAGCAGUGGUAGUAGUAGUAACAGUAAUAAUAAUAAUAGUGGUAAUAGUGGCGGAGGAGAUGCUGGUGAUAGUAGCGGUAGCAGUAGUAGCAGUAGUACUAGUAGUAAUAGUAGUCCUAGUAAUGUUAGUAAUAGCAUCGAAAGAAACAAAACGUUACCAAAAUUUGAUAAAACUUUACAAACGGUUGAUUGUGCUCAGCAUGUAGAAUUGCUUAAAAGGAAGUUUUCCUCAGUACUAUCAAGAGAGAAUUGUACCGAGAUGAAGAUACCAUCACAUAAUACUAAAUCUAUCGAAGAUGAUCUAUUGAAUGUUACUCGUAACGUUUCAAAGAUGCAGAUUAACAUAAAGCAACAAACUGAAGAGGCAAGGUCUGCAGACUUGCCUUCGGCACAGGUCACAGUACAGUCCUGCCGCUUUAUAGAGUUACCAAAAAUUGAAUCUGUUAGAAAACUCGAGAAUAAAUCUCACGCAACACCCCCAGAGCCGCCGCCUCGUAAAUAUUACACGAAUCAAGCAAUAACCGAUUUGAAAUUAAACAAUAUCCCGCAGACUCUGGAGGAUUUGCAAAAACCUCAAAUUCCAGAGAGACUCGGCAUUAAACGAGAAUUUAAAAAAGUAGAUUUAAGUUCAUGUGUUAAUCAUAUUAGAAGCAAUUCAGAUUGUCAAGAUAGAAAGGAUUCCUCAGAUGUGCAUAUGGUUAAUUACACAGAAAAUUCGAUGGACUUUAUUGAUGAGCCACGAACUAUAAGUUUAAGCGAUCAAAAAUUUGAUCGUUCAAACUUAUCUGAUGCUUUGUUGUACAAUGAAAAUAACGACAAGCAGUCAAGAGAAGAAAAAUGUCCUUUUGAAAAGUAUGAAACUUUUAAUGAAAAAUUCGUUUGCUCGGAUCAAUCCAUAACAGAUUGUUAUAGGUUUGAUCACUCACGCAAUGUCGAUUGCCCUGACGGUAUAACAUACUCAAAACAAACAGUAUCGUCAGAUUUAAAGCCAAGAUUAUCAGAGAAGGAUAAGAGUAUUGAAAAAAGUGUUGUUAAUAGAGCUAUGAUGGUAGCUAAAAGUAUUGGCUUACAUAGUAGUUUAAAUAAGUCUAACAGCAGUCCAAGAAGCAGUAGAAAACGGAAUAUGUUAUUGGCAAAGAGGAGAAAUGUAUCCGUAAGAGACAUUGGUACUGGCGAUUUGGAAGGAUGGUUGACAUAUCGUAGUAGAGGAGCAGGUGGCGCAUGGGCAAAGGCCUGGUUUGUAUUAAAGUGUUCAUCGUUGUACAGAUUUAAAACCCAGGACAGUGUAAAAGCUGACUGCUUGAUCAUAUUAACGGGUUUUACUGUAUCGCCGGCUGCUGAAGUGAAAUCGAGGAAGUAUUCCUUCAAAGUAUAUCACACAGGAACAGUGUUUUAUUUUGCCACUGAUACCGAAGACAAUUUGAUUCUGUGGCUAGACGUAGUUAAUAAAGGCACUUUAGGUGCGGAUACUCAAGACCAAAGCGUUGAGCUUUUUAGCGAAACCGAUGAGAGCGAUAGCGAAGGCCACAAGAGUAAGCUGAAAUGUACACCAGACUCUUGUAAAUCAAACUCGGAGAAAUCGUUCGGUUCUCUAAAAAAGUCUGUACGAAAAGACGCCGGCUCGAUUAAUCACGAAAUCGUUGGCGCAAGCCUGGAUCGAAAAUAUUUAAAAUUUCUCGGUGCCAGAAAUCAGAAUAUACCUGUUCCAACGGCGCAAUUUAGAAGUUACAGACGAGUAAUUCCUACAUCAACACCGAACAAAAAAGAGGAUUGCAAUUCAAAUUCUCCGGAUUUACAAAUGACGAUCGCUGGUAGUACAUUCUAUGGCUCGACUAUGUCUCAGAGUGCUACAGAUACGUCGAGCAAUUCGGACAUGAGUGAUUAUCGGCAUGCUGCAGACGGGUCUGUUGGUAGAAGAUUAGAUAAUUCGCAAGAUUUCAUCGCGCAAGAAGAAUUGGCGAUAUCGCAACAGGAUGAGACGCAUCGGCAAAGUAUGAUAAACAAAUCGAGGUCUCCGCGCGGGACACCUUUGCUCAACGAUCACGUGCAGCACAGGAACUUGACUGAUAACACGAUGUACAAUGAGCAUAUUAGACACUUAAGUGACACAUCGUUAAACGAUGCUGAUAAUAUUUAUAGCAAGACCAGCGAUGAAACGUCGAAUAACAAUAUUAUGGAUAUCAAUUCGAAGAAUACGAAUGCACAUGUGCAUGCACCUCGUCAAAUCAUCAAGGAUAAUUUUGCCGUUGCCCGAUCUGAAAGCGAUGCGAAUUUUGUAAAUGAUAAAUCCUAUGAUAGAUGCAAGGCAAGACGGCAUACGACAUGGGAAUCCACGUCGGGUUAUGCGCAGAAAAGAAAAGCGCAGGAACUUGUGAAGACUCAGAAACCGAAACAAGACGAUUCAUUUCAUUGGAGAAAUAUGAUAAAUCCAAACAAGCAGAAUUCUCUGAAUCAGAAUACAGAUUAUGAACUUAACAAGCGUGUACAAUCCCCCAAUCAGGAAAACUAUAAGUUGCAUGAUUUUCUUUCGCCGAAAAAUAUCGGAUAUUCCGGAUCCAGUAAUGAUCUUGCAAGUCAUACAUCAUUUGAGAUGCAGCAAUGCAUAAAGAAAGACGCAUCGAUUAAUCGAAAGGGAAGUUUCAAUCUUAUUAAUCGUCACGAUAACAAUUCUUCUGAUAAACACUGGUUAGAUUCGUUGAAACGCGGCGAGAAAAAAAGCUCAAGUUGUGACAAAAACCGUCUGAAGAAUGUUGCACAGUAUCAACCACCGCCCAUACCAACAUCGCCGUUCGAGCAGGAGGGAAUGCGUGCCGCAUUCGAGAUGCACUUAGAUAAAAAUGAUCAUGUGCAGAAAGGGAGUCGCCUGAAAGUUUUAUUCGGUACUAAACAGCAAAAACCCUGUACUUUGGAUCUUCCUAAAAAUGUUCAGAAAACCAUAUUAG